UGGGCUUUGAGCUUUGUGGAGAUCUAAACUUGCCUUCUUUUUUCACGCCACCAUGCCUUCGGAUGCCGAUAAACGCCAUCAGCUAGAAGACAUCUUGUCGGACAAGGUGUCCAUCAUGGAAACCGACGAUGCGGCGGUGGAAGCGACCGAGGAAGAACUAGAAGCCCAAUCCGGCUUUUGCGUCGAAUGUAAAGAUCAAGAGGCCGAUAUUUUUUGUGAACAGUGCAACGAGCCUUUUUGUGAAGUGUGUUCUGGUAAGUAGACUGGAGACUUUUUUUGCACGAUGGACGCGCCAUGGACCCGUUGGAUUCUUUUUUUAUUCAUGGUUUGAGGGAAACAGGUAUGAUUCAUCGUACCGGCAAACGGGCCAAACAUACGCUCGUUCCGUACACCUCAGCUAUUGGCAAACCGGAAUCGGAAAAGAUGGAUGAAGACGCCGAAACGCUUGUAGAGCAGGAAGUGCCCAAAGCCGAGAAAUCGAAAUUACAAGAUACACCUGUCAGCAAAAAUGCAGAUUUCAACAUUGGCUCCUGGAUGGAAAAUAGAGCAAAAUAUAUCCCUUUGCGAUUGCACAUGAAUGAGCGCAAGUACUUACGACUGUUGGAAGCGGCUCUUAAUGUAACGGAAUACACUGAUAAAAUCGACGCUGCCUCCCAUACGAGCAAGGCCAAAAGAAUCGUGAGCCAAAUCAAAGAACUGUGUGCGGUAUUGACGGGAUUGGUGCUUGCGUGUGAUUACAAACGUGGUCAGGAGUUGUUCGCCGAUCGUACCUAUGAUGAAAACGAUGAAUUUUUUCAAACCAUCUUUGAAAUCGGUCGACGACAUAAGAUCAUGAAUCCCGAGAAAAUGCGAACAGCGUACGGAAAGUUGAUGUAUCUUUUAUCGGACUCUAUGAUUCCGGAAGUGCAAGACAUGCUUGGUUUCAACUGUGUUAUUCCUAUCAAGACAGUGCACAGCUUUCUGAAAGAACGCCGAGGCUUGGCGGUUCUCCACGAAGAUAUCAUUUUGAUCGCCACGAGAGAAAUUAUACCUGAGGGCAAGAGCAGAACACAAAUUCAGACGGAAAUUCGACGCAAAGAAAAAGCCAUUGAACAGCUAAGUCGCAAAUAUCAAUCGAAGCAUUUAUCUGCCGAUGAAAUUCGUCACUGCUUGUACAGUAUUGGCGAUAACAAUGCCUACUUGAGAGCCAAUCGUGAUCCAUGCGAGAAAAUGCUGCGGUAUCUGGAGCGGUACUUUCAUCCUUCCGAAGCCGAGGCCGGUUAUUCGUUAUCCAUUGCAGCAGGUGCAGAAGGUCAUCGUCUCAGCCAUGACCAUGAAACACAGUAUAUCUACGUGAACCAGACACUCAAGUUGUGGCGGGAAAUUCUAAAUGAAAUGUUCAUGCUCUGGACGCUGGCGGACCAAGACAUGCUGAGCACCUCGAAUCCUUAUCGACUAUGUCAGACAGGCCAGGGUCUUCAUCGAGUUCAGGCAUGUCCAGCCGUUUCACGAGAAAUGCAUCGAACUCUUUUCAAAGCCCAGAAAAAGGCAGGCACAUGGAUCGGCAGCAGUGUGAUUCAUUUGGGCGACAAGAACGUCCCGAAUGCCUUGAUGUUCAUUGACAAGUAUAAUCAAGUGGCUCGGAUAUUGGGACCGAUCUGCAUUACACUCGAUAAAUUAGAAGAAUUAUCGCGGAAUGAGGGCUUACAAAAAUUCAUCAACAAGAAGUUCGGCAGUGUCGAUCGAUGCCGGAAAGAAAUUUUAGCCGACUUUUUCCGUGGCGCGUUCGAUGGUUCGGGAGCCGAUAACUUUUAUGACGCUGGCAGUUGUAUUGAUGGACGAUUAACGUCGGCUUGGAAUUGGUGUUCACAAAUUGAAAGCAAGGCUUAUUACCCCGUGUUUCUUUUAACCGGAUUCGUUGGUUUCGAUGGUGGAGGAUGGAGUUAGAUGUUGUAUUUAUAGAAAAGGACGUCCAGAUGUGCAAAUAGAUAAAAAUGAAAAGCAUCGAUUCGUCCGUACUAUUUUCCUUACCCUUUCUGAUGACGAAACGCGCA